AUGUCAGUUACGGAGUAUGUUGCUAAGUUUGUGGAACUUGCUAAGUUCUACCCUCAUUACAGUGCAGAGACAGCGGAGUUCUCCAAGAUAUAUGAGGAGGAUACCAAAGCUCACUAUAAGAUUAGAAAUGAGCGGAGGAACAAGGGUCAACAAGGUCGUCCGAAACCCUACAGUGCUCCUGGCCACAAGAGUAAUGUUUGCAAUGGUGAGGAGAAGAAGUGCUUCCGAUGUGGGAAGAAAGGGCAUACAAUAGCUGAAUGCAAGCGUGGUGAUAUUGUUUGUUUCAAUUGUGAUGAGGAAGGUCAUCUUAGUUCGCAGUGCAAGAAGCCUAAGAAGGGUCAGGCGAGUGGAAGAGUGUUUGCUUUAGCUGCUCAAGCUGUAGGACAACACCCACAAGCUGGUGCUGGUAACGAUGGAGUAAGAAUGUUGAAAACUUUUUUGAGAAAUCAUCCACCAACAUUCAAAGGAAGGAUAUAUGAGGAGGAUACCAAAGCUCACUAUAAGAUUAGAAAUGAGCGGAGGAACAAGGGUCAACAAGGUCGUCCGAAACCCUACAGUGCUCCUGGCCACAAGAGUAAUGUUUGCAAUGGUGAGGAGAAGAAGUGCUUCCGAUGUGGGAAGAAAGGGCAUACAAUAGCUGAAUGCAAGCGUGGUGAUAUUGUUUGUUUCAAUUGUGAUGAGGAAGGUCAUCUUAGUUCGCAGUGCAAGAAGCCUAAGAAGGGUCAGGCGAGUGGAAGAGUGUUUGCUUUAGCUGCUCAAGCUGUAGGACAACACCCACAAGCUGGUGCUGGUAACGAUGGAGUAAGAAUGUUGAAAACUUUUUUGAGAAAUCAUCCACCAACAUUCAAAGGAAGGAUAUAUGAGGAGGAUACCAAAGCUCACUAUAAGAUUAGAAAUGAGCGGAGGAACAAGGGUCAACAAGGUCGUCCGAAACCCUACAGUGCUCCUGGCCACAAGAGUAAUGUUUGCAAUGGUGAGGAGAAGAAGUGCUUCCGAUGUGGGAAGAAAGGGCAUACAAUAGCUGAAUGCAAGCGUGGUGAUAUUGUUUGUUUCAAUUGUGAUGAGGAAGGUCAUCUUAGUUCGCAGUGCAAGAAGCCUAAGAAGGGUCAGGCGAGUGGAAGAGUGUUUGCUUUAGCUGGUACUCAGACAGCGAAUGAGGAUCGUCUGAUCUGA